CGCGACGAUUCUCGGCGUACGUAUGUCUAUGACCAAAACAAGCGUGAGCUGUAGUAAAUGUAACUCGGGCAGAAAGGCUAAAGAGAAACGAUGAUAAAAUGCCAGUUUGCUGGCUUAUCAGCGAGGAGGGUAAUCAUAAACCCCUCCGAUUGCCUCAUUUACAGACUGUUGUGUUGGGGCGAGGCCCAGAAACAACUAUCAAAGACAAAAAAUGCUCUCGGCAGCAAGUUGAACUGAAAGCAGAAUGCAACAAAGGUUAUGUCAAAGUUAAACAGCUGGGCUUAAACCCCACCUCUGUAGACUCUGUGGUGGUUGGUAAAGACAAUGAGGUCAAAAUAAAGCCUGGGCAGUGCCUUCAUAUUGUCAAUCAGCUUUACCCCUACACUGUACAGUUUAAAGAGGAUUCUACUGGCAGCCAAGGUGGUACCAAGAGACCACGAGAGUCUGUUUCAGGGGACCGAGAGAGCCAGCGGGAAGCUCAGAGUAUGAAAGCAGCCAAACAAACAGAAGGGAUCUCUUUGUCAGCCAGUCACAGUGAUGCCCCAAAAAGAAAUGAAAGUGCUGGACACUGGAGCCAAGGCCUUAAGACUUCAAUGCAAGACCCCAACAUGCAGGUAUACAAGGAUGAUAAAGUAGUAGUUAUUAAAGAUAAAUACCCCAAAGCUCGCCACCACUGGCUUGUGCUUCCGUGGCAGUCAAUUCCCAGCCUGAAGGCAUUGCGUGCCGAGCACUGUGAUCUGGUGAAACACAUGCAGGAAGUUGCUGACCAAAUGAUUCAGCAGUGCCCAGAUUCUAGUUCGGUUCCAUUCCGCACAGGAUACCACGCCAUCCCAAGCAUGAGCCACGUUCAUCUCCAUGUGAUCAGCCAAGACUUUGAUUCGCCUUGUUUAAAGAACAAAAAGCACUGGAACUCAUUUACAACAGAUUACUUCAUUGAGUCUAUGGAUGUCGUUCAGAUGCUUGAAACUAAUGGAAAGGUUGCUGUAAAGGAAGGCGCCAGUGAGUUGUUGAAACUACCUCUCCGCUGCCACAUGUGUCACAAAGAGCUUCCCACUAUACCAGCACUGAAGGAACACCUGAAGUCUCACUUUCCCAGAUAACAAUGUGACUCAAACUCAUUUUCAUGCUUUGGAUUUUCAUGGGAUUUAUGGCAUGUUAAACUUUUUCUUUUUUAAUUAGUUCAGUUUUAUGCUUUUGUAAAAUGUUAAGUUCCUGUAGGUUUUGUAAUUUCAAAAGGUCAAAGGUCUUUAACUUUUGUUGCAUUUUCAGCUGUUAAGAGGUUUAUGUUUAAGAGGAAAUUCAUUAAGAUGCGAAACGUUCAAGGUAAAUGUCAUCAGUUUAAUGCAAGAUGUUGGGAUUUCAUUUAUUGUUCCUAACAUUUCAAACCUAUUAAAAUAUUUUGCAAUAAAUAUGUUCUAAGAACUAAA